AAAAAAGAUUAACAGCGUUCUUAACCGCUGCAUGGAGAGUUAUUUUGUUUUUUAGGAUAAACUCAUAUACAGACAGGUCGUCUGAGCUCCCAGAGUCUCUUGACCACGAUGAGUUGGGGGGCUCUCUACGCCCAGCUGGGCGGCGUCAACAAACACUCCACCAGUCUGGGGAAGAUCUGGCUUUCUGUCCUGUUCAUCUUUCGGAUCACCAUCCUGGUUCUGGCUGCUGAGAGCGUCUGGGGUGACGAGCAGUCCGACUUCACUUGCAACACGCAGCAGCCCGGAUGCAAAAACGUCUGCUAUGACCACUUUUUCCCCGUAUCGCACAUCCGUCUCUGGUGUUUGCAGCUCAUCUUUGUAUCGACGCCGGCCCUGUUGGUAGCCAUGCACGUCGCCUACAGAAAACGCGGCGAUAAGAGGACCAUGCUGGCCUCCAAUGGUACUGAGAAGAUGACAGACACGGACCUGGAGACACUGAAGAAAAGGCGUCUGCCCAUCACAGGUCCACUGUGGUGGACCUACACCUGCAGCUUGUUCUUCAGGCUCAUCUUUGAAGGCGGCUUCAUGUACGCCCUCUACUUUGUCUAUGAUGGCUUCCAGAUGCCCCGACUGGUCAAAUGCGAGCAGUGGCCCUGCCCCAACAAGGUGGACUGCUUCAUCUCCAGGCCGACAGAGAAGACGGUCUUCACCAUCUUCAUGGUGUCGUCGUCGGCCAUCUGCAUGGUGCUGAACGUGGCCGAGCUGGGAUACCUCAUCGCCAAGGCGCUCUUGAGGUGCUCGUCCAGAUCGAACAAGAGGAAACACGUCUACACAGAAAGCGUGACGAGGGAUAACAAGAAGAACGAGAUGCUGCUGUCGUCCUCCACAGAUACAUCCAGUAACAAGACGAUGUGCUGAGGAACAAUGAAGUGGAACCAAAGGAGGAGGAGUAAGCACAAACUGUAACCCCAACCAGACAGUUUGUGUCUUCAGUCAGGCUUUAAUGGUGAAACAGCUCAGAGUUUGUGGGAACUUGAAAAACAGAAAUUAGCUCAGCUAGGCAGC